CUCAGUCGGCUCCGGAUUUCCAGAGCUGCCUACCUUAGUAAGUUGUGAGCUGCUGGAGUAUAAGCGUUAGACACUGGCUGAUAGGGGUAACUGCAAAACAUCGCCGUAUUGAACGUGUCCCACUUCUACGAGCUGGCCCCGCCGGCUCUCAGAGACUUCCAGAGGGGGGAGGCACAGCUGCCGCUCCCCUUCCUUGGGAGCGGAGUGAGAGCGGGACCAUGUUGCGCCUUGUUUCGCUGAAGUUCGGCCGCUUGUAUCGCUACGUGAAGCUGUUGUUUGUGGCCAGCUUGCUGGUGGUGAUGUUGCUUAACACACAUUCCCUGCUCGCCUCUUUCCAGCGUAACGAGCUCACUGACCGACGCUUUCUCAGCCUAAAUAAGUGCCCGGCAUGUUUUGGGACCAGCUGGUGCCGGAAGUUCAUGAACGGACAGCUAAGCUUCGAAGGUUGGGGGCGUCUGCGACUCCUCGACUUCUUCAACGUCAAGAACGUGCACUUCGCCCAGUACGGGGAACCUCGGGAGGGCAGCCGCAGAGUGGUACUCAAGCGCUUGGGCUCUAACCAGGAGCUAUCGGAGCUAGACCAGAAGAUCUGCAAGAGAGCCACGGGGCGGCCGCGCUGUGAUCUCAUCCAGGCCAUGCAGAAGACGCACUUCGCCCGGCUCAAUGGGGAUGUUAGACUGCUUACCCCAGAUGUGGUUGAGGGAUGGUCGGAUCUGGUGCACUGCCCCUCGCAGCGGCUGCUGGACAGGCUCGUACGGCGGUAUGCAGAGACUAAGGACUCGGGCAGCUUCCUGCUUAAGAACCUCAAGGACACCGAGCGUAUGCAGCUGCUUCUUACGCUAGCUUUCAACCCGGAGCCUCUUGUGCUGCAGAGCUUCCCAUCAGAUGAGGGCUGGCCUUUUGCUAAAUAUCUUGGAGCUUGUGGUAGAAUGGUGGCUGUAAAUUAUGUUGGAGAAGAGCUCUGGAGUUUCUUCAAUGCUCCGUGGGAGAAACGAGUGGACCUGGCUUGGCAGCUUAUGGAAAUUGCUGAACAACUUACCAACAAUGACUUUGAAUUUGCACUUUACCUCUUGGAUGUCAGCUUUGACAACUUUGCAGUUGGACCUCGGGAUGGGAAAGUGAUCAUAGUGGAUGCGGAGAAUGUUUUGGUGGCUGACAAAAAGCUAAUAAAACAAAAUAAACCAGAAAACUGGGACAUAUGGUAUGAAAGCAAGUUUGAUGACUGCGACAAGGAAGCAUGCUUGUCCUUCUCAAAAGAGAUUCUUUGCUCCCGUACAACUGUGGACCACAAUUAUUAUGCUAUUUGUCAGAACCUCCUAUCUAAACAUGCCACUUGGCGUGGGACGUCCGGAGGGCUUCUUCAUGAUCCCCCGGCAGAAAUUGCCAAAAAUGGACGCCUUGAGGCAUUGUUGGACGAAUGUGCUAAUCCAAAGAAAAGAUAUGGCAGAUAUAAAGCUGCUAAGGAAUUAAGAGAGUAUCUUGCAGAAUUGAGCAAUAAUGUGAGGUAGUCCAUACGUUUUUAUUUUAUUUUUAUAAGGCGGCUAGGUAAUAAACAUUUAAUUAGGUAGAACACGUACAACUUUUUUACUACUGUAUAUACAGUUAUGAAUAUAAGUAUAUUUUGUGGUUGCCAUGAAAUUCAGCUUAAAUAGCACAGAGGAUGUAUAAAAUCCUUUGCAAUCUUGCAACAUACGUGUUCUUAUCUAAUUAAAACUACUGAAACUACUAUUGAUUUUUCUCACUGAUUACCUGAGUGGUGGAUCAGGUGAGGAUCUCCAGAUGGCUGGAGAUAAUAGACUUUUUAUAGCUUAAUCAAUUAUUCAUGUGUCAAAAAGUAGUUGACAUGACAUUACAUUAGUAUCACAAUUUUUGUGAAGCUGAUGCCUUUACUUGGAAAAUCAAGUUAAGACUUCUAGCCUGUUUUAAAGGCUUUUUUUCUUAAGUCAUUUCAUAUUUGUAUUUUUUAAAAAAUAUACAUUUCUGAUCUUUUGUUUUAACAUUUGUCAAUGCGUUGAAUCCUUUUUUUUUUCCAGUUCUUUUCACAAAUGGAGUAUGGUACAUGUUUAUUUUUUAAGGGCAGGAUUCCCCUAUAUCUGUUUACUUUAGUCUCCAGUCUGUGUUGUAUAUAUCUUUAGAUAUACCAUCAGCAUUGUAUUAAAUUUCAGUCAUUUUUUAACAGCAUAUACAAUUACACAUUGUUUGAUUUACUUUCCGUUUCUUCAAUUAUUAAUUACAUGAUCCAGUGCAUGUAUAUAAAAAAACUAAUCGCAACACUUAAAUAGUAAUAUUCAAUGGUAUCUAGGCAGAAAGUGAACAUUUCUGUGACAACUGUAAGGAGUAUUCACAAUAGCAAAGCACGCACCAAAGAAACUGUUUUAAAACCUCUAAUCUUCAUUAUAGAAAUCCUGUAUUGUGACUGGUUAAAUAACCAGGGCAUAUGCAUUAAUUACCAUCUUGAAGAAAGUUGUUUUUUUUUUUUUGUUUUUUUUUUUUUGUUUUUUUUUUAGUUAUUGCUACUAUAAGAAAUCCUGGGUGGAUAAUGUGUGUAAUUCUUCAGAAUGGUUUAUAGAAGCACUUGGGAAGUAUACAUGAAAGAAAUCAAUUGUUGCUGAUGGUUAAUUGGCAAGAGUCCAUGAGCUAGUGACGUUUGGUAUAUACAAUCCUACCAGGAGGGGCAAAGUUUUCCAAACCUCAACCCCUCACCAUACCCACAAUUCAGUCUUACAAACUUUGGCUCCUAUGGAGGUGGUGAAGUAAGUUUGUGCUUGAUUUUUUUUUUUAUGAUUUCUUCUAUGAUAAGCUCUUCCAAGCAUUCUGAAGCCCAAUUCCUCUCAGAGUAUUUUGUCAGAGGGAUGUGAAGAGAGUAUCGCCUAUUUAUUUUAUGGUUUUCCUUGCGGGAAAUCUUUUCAAGGUUCUCUGUUAUCAGUCGUAGGGAUUAAUCUCCUACCUCCCUUUUCAAGAUCGACGAUAUACUCUUGUAUACCAUUACCUCUGCUGAUAGUUUUCAGUACCGGUUUGGCUAUCUGGCAUAUGUGGAUGGGUGUCUUUCGGUAAGUAUGUAUCUUUAUUUAAGACACUCUCAGCUAUGGUUUGGCGCUUUAUGUAUUAAUAUAAAGUUUUAAAUACAGGUAGCCCUCAGUUUACGCCAGGGUUAGGUUCCAGAAGGAAUGGUUGUAAAACGAAACCGUUGUAAAUUGAAACCCAGUUUAUAAUGUAAGUCAAUAGGAAGUGAGGGAGUUAGGUUCCAGGCCCCUCUCAAAAUUGUCAUAAGUAACACCUAAUACAUUAUUUUUAAAGCUUUGAAAUGAAGACUUUAAAUGUUAAACAGCAUUAUACACCUAAAAUAAUCAAACAACACAGAAUAUAUAAUUAAACUAAGUUAAAUGAACAAAAACAUUUGCUAAACAGCAUUAACAACCUAAUAAAAUAAUCACACAACACAGACGUCACUUGCAAUUUUCUACAAACAGUUCUUUUCUAUGUAUUCCAAUCUGGACUGAUUUAAAGACAGGAAGAUCUUGUUCCUUUGAAAUCUGCUCGAUAGCUCAGGUCUGGUUAAACUGAUUCAUUUCAGCUUGCUUGGCUUUGCUGCAACACAAGCGGACAGCUCCACCUACUGGCUAUUUUAAUCAAUGCACUGCUUCUCAAUGCUUUUCAAUAGCAGUCACAUGACUGGAAAAAAAGGUUGUUAUUCUGAAACGGUGUAAAUUGAACCGUUGUAAACCGAGGGCCACCUGUAUAUGUAUUCUACUUAUAUUUGCCAUGAGUCAGGUCUGUGUAUUUCCCUUUUACAUGCUAAACAGUUUCAGUAUAGGAAUAAUGUUUGGGAAGUUUAUUUAAACUUUUUUUCUUACCUGGGGUUCAGUCUUUUUCUAAUUUGACUUUUUUUUUGCGGGCAAAUCUAGGCUUGCUUGGGCGCAAAAUGCUGUUUUUCAUUGCAUUAUUUUUGGUGUAAAAAUGUUUGCUGUGAAGUUGCGCCUUUGUUGAUGCAAAUUUCGUAAUUUCCUGCAUAUUUGACGCUAGUUGUUUUGCCGCAAAAUCGCGUUUGUUAUGAGGCGGGUUGUCAUUUCCUGGUGUUUUUUUAACUUUUUGUAUAAUGUGCUAUUCUUGGCGCCAAAAUUUAGUUAUUUUACCCCUCUCCCUCUAUUGCUCGCUGUUUUCAUGAACUUUGAAAGCUAUUAUGCCUGCUUUUGUUUUUCUCUACUGAAACUGUUACUUUGUGGAAAUUUAAUCUUUUGCCUGUUGUUUUUCUUUUUCUGUUACAUUUUGCAAGAUGUCUUAUUCUGAUCCUGACUCUGAUGUUACUGUAGAAACUAUGAUGCCCUGGAACACAAUUCUACAAAGCUGUGUUCUUUUCAUUAUUAAGCUGUUAUUAUUUCUUCAGCUCAAUUGUGUGGCAUUUAUUUAUCAUGUUUUAUGCUAGCAAUGUGUCUACAUGUACAAUGACAUUUACUGCUUUUUACAUAUUCCGUUCAUGUACUUGCUUAUAUUAUAAAAGGUUAUGUCUGCUAUUAUGCCUUUAAGUAAAUUUAUGAGGUCUUUUCAAAAUUGUUUUAAUUCAUUUUGUUCUGACCAACAGCAUAUUUAAGUUUAUUCUACUGAUUAAGGUUUUUUGGUUCAAAGGCUCCUGUAUCAGUUUGUUGAAAAAUUCUCCCGUAUCAGUUUGUUGAAAAAUUCGUCCUAUUUUUCAUUUGAAAUUUUUUUGUUCUUUAACGGGACAGUCAAGUCCAAAAAAAACUUUCAUGAUUUAAAUAGGGCAUGCAAUUUUAAACAACUUCCCAAUUUACUUUUAUCACCAAUUUUGCUUUGUUCUCUUGGUAUUCUUAGUUAAAAGUUAAAACUAGGAGGUUCAUAUGCUAAUUUCUUAGACCUUGAAGACUACCUCUAAUCUGAAUACAUUUUGACCACUAGAGGGCAUUAGUUCACAUGUUUCAUAUAGAUAACAUUGAGCUCAUGCACGUAAAGGGACCUAGGAGUGAGCACUGAUUGGCUAAACUGCAUGUCUGUCAAAAGAACUGAAAUAAGGGGGCAGUCAGCAGAAGCUUAGAUACAAGAUAAUUACAGAGGUAAAAAGUAUAUUAAUAUAACUGUUGGUUGUGCAAAACUGGGGAAUGGGUAAUAAAGGGAUUAUCUUUCUUUUUAAACAACAAAAAUUCUGGUGUUGAUUGUCCCUUUAAGGGAAUUUUUCUAUUUAUAGUCUAGUCCUAUUAACUGUUAAUAAUCCUUUUCAAAUCUGGAUUUUAAUUUUUUUUGCUUUUGAGGUAUUUUCCUAUUCAUUAUACUAAAUGUAUUAUAUGCUAGAGAAUUGUUAUUCUGAUUCCCUCUUGGGACUGUACUACUUUCUAUGGAAAUUGGUACUUGUUUUAAGGAUUCUUUAGAAUUUGAAUAUAACCUUAGUAGAGCAUAUUCAUGUACUGUUUAUAUUUUUAGCUCAGCUUAGCUUUAUCUGUGGCUGACAUUACUGUUCUCUCAUCCAUGAACGGUUCGCAUAAGCAGUUUUCAGAUUCUUAAGUAUAUAACUCUGUUUAUUUACUUUAGAUGUAUGUAUUUAAUUAUGUUUACUAUAUCUAUUAUUAUGAUUUCAAAUAUAUUUUAUCUCUCUCUUGUUAGGAUUAUUUAUUUGAUUUCUAUUAUCUCCACUAUUUCUGGAGGUUUAGAGGGUUUUUUUCUGCCUUACUUUUAGUCCGGUGAUGUAGAUCAGUUGGUGAAUGUCCUGACUACAAACGCUUGUUCUAGACCCAAGGGUCAUAGAUUAAUUUCCCGGCAGGGUUAAUACAGCCCUUUUUGCCUUUGAGGUCAAUUUAUUUUAUACCAUUUAUUUGGGUAAUAACUACUGUUUUUAUCAGCUGCUAAUUUGGUUAAGUCAGAGUGUAAGCACUGAAGAAGCGUUUUUUUGUAUCCUCCUGGGAGAAAAACUCUAUAUAAUUACUAGUUAUUAGACUGCAGGUGCAGUUCUCAAACCAGUGCUUCUGGUGGGGAGCAGAUUAAAUUGCUUUUGGAUGAACUCGGUCCAAAUUCUAUAUUAUUUUUUGAGUUUGAAUAGAUUUCUAAAAUGAGACCUCAUAUGAGAAGAAUUUUUCUUUCUCAGUACACUCUGUGAAUUUAUUUUUUUCAGGAGCGAUUAUGCCAGUUCUUUUUGCAGGAACAGGAUUUGGGUUUCUAUUUCAAUUCUAUUCUUUGUCUCUAAGAAGAAAGAUUUAUUCAGUCCAUUCUUGGAUCUAAGGACUAUUAUGCCUUUUUGUUAAGGUCAUUUUAUGUCCACUCCAUUUUUUAUGAUGUUUAUCCUUACAUUUUAUUUCAUUCAGACCACUUGUGGAUUCUGAAAUUUUCUUUUUAAGCUUUACCAAUUUGUCGCUUUCCAUUUGGUUUAGUGACAGCUUUAUGAAUCUUUUUAAAGGUUCUUGGUACCCUUCUUUCUGUCUUCAGACAGUAGGGUAUUGUGGGGCUUCCUUAUUUGGAUGGUAUCUUGUUAUUGGCUUAAACUUUUCUUUUACUAAAGUCAGACAUAUAGCUCAGCAUGGUAAUGCACUGUGACUGAGCUCUGAGUCCCUUACGGGUGAUUUAGACGUGCUUUACAAGUACCCAAUACAUACAUAUGAAAUAGAGCAUUAUUAAAAAAUAUAUGGACUUUUCUUUUUGUGGAAUCCCUCAUGAAUCAACUAAGUUUUGUUUCUUCAAGACUUGGUUAGAGGAUUUAAUUUAUCUAAGUUUCGUAUUUCCUCAGACAAGGAUCACUUCUUUUUGGGUUUCUAGAUAGAUUUUGUGUAUGUCUUUAUCGGACAAAAGUCAAUUUUGACGUUCGCUUGUCUAACAGUCUAGAACAUUUCUUUCAGAGGCUAUGUGCAUGGACGUUUUUAGGUCUCAUAACUGCAGCAUCAGGCGUGGUUUCCUUUGCUCGUUUUUCAUCUGAGAUCUCUUUUUGAUUUGCAUACUGAAUCAAUGAUACAGGGUUUGUUUUUAAAUAUUACAGUUGAUAUUUUUAAAUCAUAACACUACUCUCUCUGUUUUGGCGAUUUAGUCUAUCAUCAUUUUAUUUACGGGGCCUAAUUUUUGUUCGUCCUUUCUGGACGGUAUUCUUAAUGGAUGCAAGUCUUACAGGUUGGGGAGCUGUUUGAGGGCCUUUUGACAGCACAAGGGGUUUGGAAACUUCAAGAGGCGAGGUUUCCAAUCAAUAUUUUGGAACUCUGUGCUAUUUUUCAGAGCUCUUUCAGGCUUGGCCUCUUUUAUGAGAGAACUUUUUUUCAUUUUUUGCUUUCAGACAUUCAAUAUCACAACUGUGGUAUAUGUCAAUCGACAAUAGGGACUCGUAGUUCUUAGAUGGAAUUCAUCUUCUGUCUAUUUUCUACGAUUUUAGACAUUUGGGAGGUGGAUUAUCUCAGCCAUCAGUCUUUACAUCCGGGAGAGUGGCGUCUCUAUACAGAUGUGUUUUCUCAAUUUCCCAGGUACCUUUUCAGGUCCAGGGAUCCUAAGGUGGAUAUGGUGAAUGUAUUAGCAAUGUCUUGGUUUUGCAACCUGACUACAUCUUUCCGCCUUUGUUUUUUUUUUUUCUUCCAAAGGUGAUUUUCAAGAUUAUAUUGGAACAGUGUCGUGUUUCUGAUUGUAAAAGCAUGGCCUCACAGGUUUGGUAUGUGGAUCUUGUUUGGAUGUCCAGUUGCCCUCAUUGGCCGCUUCUCUUUGGCCAGCCCUCUUGUUUUAGGGGCUAUUUUUCCAUCGGGCUCUCAAAUGACUUAUUUGGGAGUAUGGAAAUUGAUUGUUUAGUCAUUGAAGUUUAUCUGACUCAGUUUUUAUCACUAUGUUGCAGGCUUUAUAAGUCUUUCAAGGAACAUGUAUUAUCAGGUUUGGAAAACCGAUAUUUUAUAGUGUAGUUCUCAUAAAUUCUCUUGGUAUUCUUUUAGAAUUCCUAGGAUUUUACAGUUUUUCAGGAUGGUUUGUCUGCAAAUGUUAACUUCCUGAUAUUCACUGUUUUGUUCAGGCUUUGGUUGGUAUCGAGCCUGUUCAUUUAUUAAUUUCUCCUUUUUUGGAGUCUUAUUUGGUUUAAAGAUUUUGCAGGCUCUUCUUUUGAGCCUAUAUUUUCUUUGAAGAUUAUCUUCUUUCUUGGAAAGUGUUGUUUCUUUUGACUAUCUCUUCUGCUACAAGAGUUUCUGAUUUAUCAGUUCUUUUUUGUCUCCUUAUCUGAUUUUUUUUCAUCUAGAUACGUUGUUUUGUGGACUUCUUUUUUUCGUAAGGUUGUAAAUUUGAACAACAUUAGAGAAAUUGUUGUCCCUUCUUUGUGUCCUAAUCCUAAAGAAUUCUUUGAGAGUUCUUUACAUCCUUUGGAUGUGGUAAGAACUUUAUAAUUCUAUAUCGAGAUUACUAGGAUUUCAGAAGACUUAUAGUUUAUCUGCUGUUUUUCUGGUUCCAGAAAAGGUUAGGAAGCCUCUGCCAUUUAUUUGGCAUCCUAAUUGAAGCUUUUGUUUUUCAAGGCUUAUUUCGAGGCAGGGCAGGCUCCACCUCCGAGUUUCCAAAAUUCAAAAUCAAUGACCCAGCACACAAUGGCCCCCUUUGCCAGCUACUCAAGAGACCCACUCCAGUCUCUGAAACAUCAGUCCAAAGAAAUCCAAAAAGAGUAGCAGCAAAAAUUAGUGUUUAUUAGGUGCUGAUAAUGUUGUGUUGUACCUAAUAAACACUAAUUUUUGCUGCUACUCUUUUUGGAUUUCUUUCCACCUCCGAGUUUUACAGCUCAUUCUACUAAGCUCAGUUGCCUUUUCUUGGGCUUUUUCAAAAUGAAGCUUAGGUUGAUCAAAUUUACAAAUCAGUAAUUUGGUCUUCUUUGCAUACUUUUGUUUUUACCAUUUUUAUGUAUUUGCUUCUUCUGAAGCAGUCUUUGGUAGAAAAAGUUGUUCAGGCAGCUGUUUCAGUUUGAUUCUACUGCUUUUGAUUAGUUUUUUUGAGAAAUUAUUGUGUGAGAAUUUGAGAGAAUUAUUGUGUGAAUUUAAUUUCUCAGUGGAAAUAGUUAUUUUAUCCCUCACUCUCUAGUGACUCUUCUGUGGACUUCCACAUCUUGGGUAUUUCUAUCCCAUAUGUCACUAGCUCAUGGACUCUUGCCAAUUACAUAAAAGAAAACAUAAUUUAUGUAAGAACUUACCUGAAAAAUGUAAUUUCUUUCAUAUUGGCAAGAGUCCAUGAGGCCCACACUUUUUAUGGUGGUUAUGAUUUAUUUGUAUAAAAGCACAAUUAUUUUUCCAGUUCCUCUUUUUGUAUAAUUUUCUUCUCCUUAUUUUAUCACCCCACUACUUGGCUAUUCGUUAAACUGAAUUGUGGGUGUGGUGAGGGGUGUAUUUAUAGGCAUUUUGAGGUUUGGCAAACUUUGCCCCCUCCUGGUAGGAUUGUAUACUCCAUACGUCUCUAGCUCAUGGACUCUUGCCAAUAUGAAAGAUAUUAAUUUAUCAUGUAAGUUCUUACAUAAAUUAUGUUUUUAUAAAAUUCAGUGGCAGGACUGCAUUUUGAUAGUUUGUAAUCAUGGAUUGGAUUAGGAGGUUGAAUUCUGCUUCCUCAACACAACCUGGUUGAAGCUUAGAACAGUGGUCGCUGAGGUGAAUAUAUCUUUUUGUUAAAGGGGAAAGAAUAUUAAAUGUUCCCAUUGAGAAUUUCUCAUGUUACAAUUUUAAUGCCUUUUUAUGAAAUUCUUAAAUGGACAUUAAACACUUUGAGAUAGUAAGUAAUAUAAAAUGAUAAAUUGCAUAUAUUAAAAAGUAUGCAAUAUAAUUUAAAUAUUUAUUUUGUCCCCCCCUUUCCUGUAAUUCCAUUCUAAAUUGUGAGUUUUUCAGUUUCUGUUAGAAAUGGAAGUUCAGAACACUUUUAUAUUCCACAAAGCCAUUGGUUGCACACUCUAGUGACCUAUUUAUAACUGUCCCUAAUUGGCCACAGCAGAGAAAGUAACCUAAGUUACAACUUGGCAGCUCCCAUUGUUUUAUAGACACUAAGACUUUACACUUAUUUUGUCAAUAUUUAAACAGCUUAUGACAUUUAAAAAAAAAAAAAUGCAUCUACAUGUUCUCAAACUAAUCUUUUCUUUUAAUGCAUCAUUCUAUCUAGCAUUUAUUUUGUGUUUACUGUCAAUAUAAAGCACCAGUGUUUCCUGGCCUAGCUUGUUCUGGAACAUUUAUAAAUAGUGCUUGCGUUCUUGUCCUCCCCCCCCUCCCCAAAUUCUAAAUUCAACAGAAAAUGUAGAUAAAUUAAAAAGUCCUUAUGUCCAAAUAUUGAUUGUUUGACAAAUCAAGUAGGUGUACUGGUAUCUCCAGUACUGUAUGAAAAGUACUAAGUAGCGUAACUAGAUAGCACUUAAUAAUUUGUUUACAUUCCCACAUUACAGUUGUAUAGUCUACCAUUGAAACUGACUGAAACCAAGUUGUCCAUGUUUUAAAAUAUCAGGUUUAAAUUGUGUUUAAUGUUUAAACACUUUCACCAAGUUACUACAUUUGAGUUACUGUUAAUUUGCAUUAAACUAGCAACGAUCUGGUCUCCUUGAAUUCCUUUUCAGUAAGUACUAUUGAUUUAGUAAGAAUUGGUUUGGAUUUUUCAGCAGAAAUUACCACGCAGAUUUAUACAUACACAUAUAUUGAGUAGAUCUGUGUUACUGUGCAAAUUAGAGGGUGCAUUUUUCAGGGUGUACAGAAAUAACAAAUAAGCUAUGUAAAUAUAUUGAAAGACUUAGAGCCAUUGCUCAUCUGUAAUGGUCGUUAUUUCUCUGCCUGAAUUCUUUGGGUAGGCCCCACUUAAAAAAAUGGUUGUAUCUGUAAUUUGUGCUAGACGAUUUAAGGUGGACUGCAAGGAUCCGUGGCUUCUUCACAAACAAGAAUUUGUCAAGCCUUAAUUUAUUGAUCUUUCUGUUUCCGCUCAGAUUUCCAGUCUGGUUUACCUUUGCUAAAAUAGAAAGAUCAUUCAGUCCUUUGCUUGGAAUUCCUGAAUUACAGGAGCAGAGAACAAUCAUUCCCAUAAUAUAGGUACAAGAAAAUAGUAACCAAAGGGACAAGUGUCUAGUAGAACUUUUAUUGCUGGAGCUGCAGGUUGUGUUUUUUGUGGUUAUUGGGGUUGUGUUUUUGUUUUGUUUUUUUCUUUACAAUUCAGCAAAUGGGAAAUGGUCAAAUGAACCUGCUAAUGUGCUGCAUUCUUUAAAUCGGUUAACAAUUAAAUCUGCUUAAUUAGCCUUGCAGUCAUGACAAAUAAGUUUCCAUGACAACAUAAAACUCCUUAUACAGUGCCACAGUUUGCAGCGAUUAAUCUUUAGGAAGGUUGAACUGCUGCAGCUGCAUUUUUCAAAGAAGAGAAAAGCUGUUCACAAAGCAAAGAGGAUGCAUUUCUAACCAACCUAGCAAUAUAUGUGCAUGCUUGAACGUCUUGCUUUAUCAAAGAGAUGAUUGAAAAAUUAAAUGUGCACCUUUUAUGACGAACAGGUUGAGCAUUUUGUGCGAUUACUAAACCACUGAAGAGAACACACUGCCAACACUGAUUACUACUCAUGGCAGGUUUGUUACUGCCAAAUAUUUUCCUGCUAAAUUUGAUGUGUACUUCAUACAGUAAACUGAAAUAUUCUAAUAAAACCAAUUCUGCAAGCAAUUUAGAACAGUAAUACAUACCUACAGGGAGAAAAAUAGUUUAUGGAAAAAGCAAUAAAUCUUUUGUUCAGUUUGUGCCAGAUUAUAUAUAGUUUAUGUACAAGGUGAAAGACAGUUCAGAUUUGUAGUAGCUGGGCACAAAUGUUUUUAUUUUAUAGAAAAUGUAUGUGCACCCAUAUUGUGUCUUUUAUAUUGUAAAUUAUUGUUUCAUGUCACUGUCAUUGGAGCGGCCUUCCUGUGCCUUUAUAUUGAAAGAAAGCCGUUUCUACAACUUUUAAUGCAAUCGUUUAAUAAAGAAUAAUUUGAUACA